UUUUUUAUCCAUGCAAGAAAGCAAACAUUUUGUUUUCUUUUGUUUAUAAGAUAUAAAAGAGUAAACAAAAGGUAAUAAGAUUCUGCAAGGUGUUCAGUGUUUAAAAAGAUUUUAAUGUAGAAAGUAAAAGCAAUCAUUUAAAAUUUUCAGGGUAUCGUCGUAGAUAAUGGUUCUUAAUCCAGUUGCAUUAGAAAAACAAAAUAACAUUGAUGAAAAUGCUAAAUUUUGUCAUGAUGAAGUUUUAAACAAACAAAAUUCUAAUUAUAUGAAUAUUUUGUCAGAUGAAAAAGGUGCUACAGAAUCAAUUUUCAACCAGGGUGGUUCACCUUAUAGUGGAGCAGGAAUGGAGAAUCAAUCUUUGAGGUUUCUUGUUGAGCAUUUAGCUUCCUUCCCUCAAGAUACUGAUAUAGGAUAUCUAACACCAGAUGAUGCUUUAAACAAACUGAAGAAAAUAAACUCAAAUGGAGGACUUUGGGCUCAAAAGAUGAACAUGACUAUAUCAAAUGAAAAAAUAAUUAUGACUAAUGCUCAAACAAUGGAGCUUAUUGAAGAGUAUCCUGCUGAACAGGUCAGCUUGUGCAUCUCAAUCUUAGAUGAUCCAAAUUUUGAAAAUCUUUUAGUAUUUUCAACAAGACCUACUCGUGAGAAAAGUGGAGCAGUGCAUAUUUUUCAGUCUAAAACUCUUGAGGUAAACAUGAUAACUGAUGCAAUUAAUAGAUCAAGAGAGAUUAAAGCUCAAAUGUUAAAUAGACCAAUACAAAAUGGAAAAGAUGUACUUCAUGAAACAAAGACAUAUGAUUUGCAACAGAAACAUGCUGUCGCUCAGGCUGUACAAGCUUUUCAAUAUAAUCAUGUUAAUGAACCAUUUGCACAGACAUCCAAUGACAUUAAUGGGAAUGGAAUUAAGCUGACACCUCUACAAGAUGCCAAAAUUUCCAGAGAUGUGGAAAUUUUAAACCAUUGUAUAGAAGAGGUUGAGCGCUUUGUUGUAAUGCUAAAAAGAAUCAACGAAGCUCGUAAGCAACUCCAAACAAAAAAGAAGAGCAGCAAAAAGAAAAAAGAAAAUAUUUUAAUUUUGCAAGCUCAGCCACCUCCUGAACACCGAGUAUAUGAUAUUUUUCAAAAGUUUAAGCACUCACUAAAUUUGUUGGCUAAGUUGAAACCUCAUAUAUCAAAUCCUAAUUCAACCGAGUUGAUUCACUACUUAUUUAUACCGCUUGGAAUAAUAGUAAAAGUUACAGGUUUAGAAAAAGCUCGAGCUGUUGUUGAUCCAUUGCUGACACAGAAAUCUGUUGAGUUUUUAAACUUUUGUCUUGAUUCACGAGAAUAUCAUUUUUGGCAAAGUUUAGGUCCUAAUUGGACACUUACAAAGACCGCUCCACUGUUUAUGAAUCAAGUUUUAAAACAUUAUACUCCUAUAUUUGAAGAUGGUUGGAUUCCUCCAGAGUUAGUUAUAAAUGAAAAACUUGAACCAGCAACACAUGCCACCUCAUUAGCAAUUACUAGAAUGAAGGCAGAUUCAAAAAAUAAUCUCUUAAUGAACUCUGCUGUUUUGAAAGCUGCACUACAAUUCAAGAAAUCAUUGGUACAACGAUCAGUCAGUAGUGAUGGAUUUCCAGAUCUAAAAAAAUCACAAGACUUUCAGGUAAAUCAACCACAACGAAAUAACAGCUAUGAUGCAAGUAUACCUGUCAAACCUAAGUUGUUUGGCAUUGUUAUAUAUGACUACCUUGCACAUAACAAUAAAGAACUAACAAUACGUGCUGGUGAACGAGUUACAAUAUUAGACAAUUCAAGGCGCUGGUGGUUAGUACGUAAUAAUAAUGGAGAACAAGGGUAUGUUCCAUCAACUGUCCUUGAAAUUCCAAUAGAUUCUGACCAAAGUUCUGAUACAAGUAGUAAUCGAUCUACGCCUCUGCAAAGUCCAACUGGUUUACCAAAAAAAGGAUCUUCAUUUGGUUUGAAUCAGAAUUAUGUGAAUAGCGACUCUUUAUCAUUUGCCCCUACACAUUCUGUAACUCCAGUUGUUAUAUCAGUACAAUUACCUGAAGGAAAAGGUGCAAACAAUCAAUAUGCAAAACAAAUUUCUAUUCAAACGCAAAUUAGUCCUCACCAAGGAAAGUCGCAAAACCAACCUUCACCAUUGAAUACAGGACAAUCAAAGCCAAGCCCUGUUUAUACCACACAACUUUCUGCUCCUCCAGCUCCUCCCCCACCCACAGCAUUUGGGCCACCAAAAUCAAUCACUAUUCCAAGAGAAGCCAAUUUACAAUAUCAGCACCAAACAUCAAAUCAACCAGACCUCCAUAUUGAAUUAAAGGAAAAGUUAUCUUUGCAUCAACUUCGAGAUGACCUAAAUGUUGAAAAAAGAGCUAUGGAUAGCUAUAAACAAAAUAAUGCACAGACAGCAUAUGAUUUUUCAAUUGAUGCUAGAUCAGAUAUUAGUAUCUCUGAUUUAGACUCAGUUGAUGUGUUUAUUCCACUAUACAAAAGUUCUACUGCUGAUGAUGUCAGUAGGUGGUUGCAUAAACUUGGUUUUAGUGACAGAACAAUAGAUAUAUUGCGAGGCAAAACAGCUUUGGAGCUGUUCAAAAUUAAUAAAGAAGACUUAGUUGACUUAAUUGGUAAAGAUGAAGGAAGUCAAUUGCACGAAGAGCUACAAGUUCAAAAUGGAGCAAAAACGCGCCACAAAACUUUGACUGAGUUUCAGAAAGCUUUAGUGCGAAGAAUGCAAAAUCGUGAAGGAGAUGGAAAAUCAAGGGUAUCCAAUGUUGUUGAGCCAACUGGAGUAUUUUUGCCAGAUCCUAGCAAAGCAGAUGAAGCGACAAAGCACUCAUCAGAUGAACAACUUCAAAAUAUUCGUCGUCGUCAGCAAGAAGAAAUAACAAAUAAAAAUCCAAGAAGUCCUGACUCAGCUACCUUUUCCUCGUUUACUCAAAAUAAGUAUUCAUAAUUAAGGUAACUAAGGCUAAUGGAAUUUUUGUUUAAAAAUAAACCGUUUCGGAGAUUAUCGAAAGUAAAAGUAUAAUGAGGCUCUCUUUAUUGACUUAAAAGGGAAAAUGUUUGUAAAUAUCACCUAUUGCUGCUUUUUUCGAUACUGAAUCAUAAAACUUAUAAAA